GUUCACUUCAGUUCCUCCGUAGUUCCACUUGCAUGUUGCCGAGGGUACGUCAGAAGAAAAUGUCCAGGGAAUAAUCACCUCCAUUGUCACAGUUCCAUUCGUUUGUUUCUUCCGUCUUGGAAAUCAUGGUUUGAGUCUGCGAGUGUCUGAUCCAGUCUCUCCUUUCCUCUCACGACAAUGCGCGAAGCUACUGCUCUCCUUUCGAACGCUACAUCGGGCUCUUACAUACGUCUACGCUCGAUUCACCCGUCCCUUCCGCGAUGUAGUCGGAGAUCGGGCUCCCUCCGGUAUUUUUCAUCCGAGCAGAACUCAACUCCUGCACGCAAUGGUAGUCUUUGGGUUCCUGGCAACCGAGCCUUGUCGCAUGGCACUCCUAGUACAUAUUCCGCAUCGUCGGACCAUGCCAUCCUGAAUUCCCCAUCGUCUGCGUCAUUUUCGACCUCCUCGAAAGCCUGCGAUCCGGGCGACUGGGAUGCGAACCCGGACCUCUCCAUCUCCGCCUUCUCCGAACUUCCCUCUAAGGACUUUGGCGUCAACCAGCACAUGAUCAUUAACCAAGAAUUUAAAGAGGCUCUCCGACAGAUUCUCUGGCAAUUCCGAGCUCCAAUUCGCUACGCUUUCGCAUAUGGAUCAGGAGUGUUCCCGCAGCACGGCAGUGCCCCAGGUUCGGAGCAAUGCCAUCCGUCCGCUCCGGCAGCCAUUCAAAACAUGCAGCAGGGCAAAGGAAAGAUGAUUGACUUUAUAUUUGGGGUAUCAUAUUCCCAGCACUGGCAUUCAUUAAAUCUUGCGCAACAUCGGGACCAUUAUUCUGGGCUAGGAUCCCUAGGUUCGUACGUGGUCUCCCAGGUGCAAGACAAACUCGGAGCGGGUGUAUACUUCAAUCCUUAUAUAACCGUCAACGGCACUUUGAUUAAGUAUGGCGUUGUCAACUUGGACACUCUAUGCAAUGACCUCAGUCGAUGGGAAUCCUUAUACCUUGCCGGUCGACUCCAAAAACCGGUCAAGAUUUUGCGAGACCACCCGAAAGUGCGACUGGCCAACCAAAUGAAUUUAUUAUCGGCGGUUCGAGUAGCCUUGCUCCUGCUUCCAGCCGAAUUCACCGAGUUUCAACUGUACAGUACGAUUGCGUCACUCAGCUACAUGGGCGACCUCCGCAUGGCAUUGCCCGUGGAGGACCCGCGAAAGGUCAACAAUAUUGUCUCCUCCCAGAUGGCAAAUUUCAGACGAUUAUAUGCACCGCUCAUUGAUAAUCUCCCUAAUGUUGUCUUUAAUGACACGCGCUGCAAUGAAGGCGACUGGAUCGAUGACCCCGAGGCCAAUGUGCGACUGUCCCAAGAUAUGGACCCAGUCAAGCGCGGGAACAUGGUUCGUCGACUGCCGGAAAGCUUCCGCGAGAAGCUGUAUUUCCAGUACCAAACCCGCUUUGGCAUCCCCCGAGCUGACUUCAUGCAAAUGAUGAUGGAAAGCACGGACAAUGAUCCGGAGCUGGUCCGCCGUAGACAAGGAGGGCCAUUUGAACAGCGAAUCGCCGGCGAUGCUGGUCUCAAGAAAGAAAUCCAAACCGCAAUCACGAGAACGAUCCGGUGGCCCAGCUCCGUGGAGUCAGUUAAGGGGCUGUUUACUGCGGGAAUUAGUCGAACUUGGCGGUAUGUGAGGGCAAAGCAAGACAAGUAUAGAAAAUCGGGCAAGCAAGCCACCGAGGCAGCAAGAGACUCUUCUGCAAAGGCUCCUAAGCAGGAAUAGAGUCCCAUUUUGGACAUCCAUCAGUUACGGUGGGGGGCCGUGAUCGAAGCAGCUUUCCAGUGCUAUAAAAAAGAAAAAAAAAAAAAAAAAGAGAGAGAGACAAAAGGUACCACCUGAAAAAGCAUAUCAAGGCGUUUAUUUCUAGGCAUUAGUGAGUAAAUAUACUGCAGUUUAGAUGUGGGUGAUAUGGAGCAUAAAAUCUAGAU